AUGAAUACAAUGAUCGGCCGUAGGCCCCUGGUAGCUCUAGUAGCGGUGUUGAUGUUCCUUCUCCGGCCAGCUGCGACGGCGGCAGCGAGUGGCCACGCUGCGGACCGCAUCGACCGUCUGCCUGGACAGCCGCCGGUGGACUUCGACAUGUACUCAGGGUACAUCACGGUGGAGAAGAGCGCCGGACGGUCGCUGUUCUAUCUGCUACAGGAGGCGCCUGAGGAGGCCCAGCCGGCGCCGCUGGUGCUCUGGCUCAACGGCGGGCCCGGCUGCUCCUCCAUCGCGUACGGCGCCUCCGAGGAGCUCGGCGCGUUUCUCAUCACGCCGCGUGGCGCGGGCCUCUUCUUGAAUGAGUACCGGUGGAACAAAGUGGCCAACAUCCUCUUCUUGGACUCGCCGGCCGGCGUCGGAUUCUCGUACACCAACACCACCUCCGACCUCUACACCUCCGGCGACAACAGGACAGCUCAUGACUCCUACACUUUCUUGGCAAAAUGGUUCGAGAAGUUCCCACAUUACAAGUAUCGCGAUUUCUACAUUGCUGGCGAGAGCUAUGCAGGGCACUAUGUCCCGGAGUUAUCCCAGCUCGUCCACCGGAACAACAAAGGCAUCGAGAAACCCAUCAUCAACUUCAAAGGGUUCAUGAUCGGGAAUGCUGUGAUCGACGACUACCACGACUACCGCGGCACGUUCGAGUUCUGGUGGAACCACGGGCUGGUCUCCGACGAAACCUACCGCCUCCUCAACCGCUCAUGCAUCGAUGACUCCUCCGUCCACCCGUCGCCGGCGUGCGGUGCCGCGUUCAACGUCUCAAUGGAGGAGCAGGGAAACAUCGACUUGUACAGCAUCUACACGCCCACCUGCAACGAGACGGCGACGGCUAGCCGACGGCGGCCAAGGGGACGCUACCCAUGGAUGACCGGAUCGUAUGACCCGUGCACUGAUCGAUACUCCACGGCCUACUACAACCGGCCGGAUGUGCAGAGGGCUCUCCACGCCAACGUCACCGGCGCCAUAAACUACCCCUGGGUGACCUGCAGUGACCCCAUCUAUAACAACUGGCGUGAUGCUCCGAGGUCCAUGCUUCCUAUUUACAAAGAGCUUAUUGAAGCUGGUCUAAGGAUAUGGGUCUUCAGCGGAGACACGGACGCAGUAGUCCCCUUGACAGCAACGAGAUACUCCAUCGGCGCUAUGGGUCUUGCAACCACUAAUAGUUGGUAUCCUUGGUAUGAUGUCCAAGAGGUUGGCGGUUGGAGCCAGGUAUACGAGGGCCUCACAUUGGUGACUGUCCGAGGCGCGGGUCAUGAGGUUCCUCUGCACCGUCCACGACAAGCCCUCAUCAUGUUUCAGCACUUCCUCCAGGGCAAGCCCAUGCCAGGACAUACAACAAAUGGAACUUUGGCUUAACAAAGAAAUAGAUAGAAGUUAAACUGUAAUCUAGCUGUGGAAGCAAUCUAUACCUAAUGUAUAUAUAUCUAUAGCAAAUAAUAAAGAAGUUAAUGUUUCCUUGA